GUGUUGGAACAGAAAACAAAACCGAAAAAAAUGCGCACCUCACCGAACAUCAUCAUUACUGGAACCCCUGGUGUGGGCAAGACAACCCAUUGCGAGCAGCUCGCAUCAAGCACCGGCCUCACCCACCUCAAUGUCAACAAGGUCGUGAAAGAGCGCGAUUGCGAGGACGGCUUUGACGAUGAGCUCAACAGUGUCAUUGUUGACGAGGACAAGCUCCUGGACGCCAUUGAACCCGACCUCGAGGCCGGUGGUCAAAUCAUCGACUGGCACGCUUGCGACAUGUUCCCUCAAUCCUUGAUCGACCUUGUGGUUGUCAUUCGCUGCAACAGCACCAUUCUCUACGAUCGCCUCAAGGGCCGUGGCUACAGCGACAAGAAGCUCGACGAAAACAUGGAUGCUGAGAUCAUGGAAGUCCUCUUGCAGGAAGCUCGUGAUUCAUACGACGAGGAAAUCGUUGUCGAGCUACAGAGCGACGAUCUCGACCAGAUUGACGAGAAUCUCGAACGCAUUCAAACUUGGAUCGAGAACUGGAAGAAGGACCAUGCCGACGCAUAAACACAGCUCUCGAUAAGCCCAGCCUGCUCUACAUACUGUCCUGUCCGCGACUCUCGAGGACUCCUUACUCGGUGUGUGCAUUGAGCCACUCGGUGAGCUUGGCCAAUGCCUUACCGCGGUGCGAGAUCUUGUUCUUCUCAACCUUGGCCAUCUCAGCAUAUGUCUGGCCCUCGUACUCGAAGCAUGCGUCCCAUCCUACGUUGAGUCAGUCUCGUCUUGUCUCACCAAGUACUUGGUAGGCUUACCGAAGUCGGUAGGUCCACGAGCCUCGACAAUCUUGCCCUAGCGUACCGGUCAGCACUCUUUGCGGAACGCAAUUUGAUCGAGGAGACAAACUUUGGUCCUUCCUUGGAAAACAAUGGGCUCGUGGCCAGGGCCUUCCGAAUAUGCAAAUGUACACACGGCCUGAGCACCCUUGUCCUCGAAGCCAGCAAGAAGCUUGUGGAAUUGCUUGACACCGAGCGACUGCAUAAACCAUUU